GUGGUUUCCGGAGAACGCUCAUCAGCAACAUGACGAAAUGGCUUCAUUCCACAUCUGUAGCAAACGCAAGCUGAGGCUGCUGGGCUAUGUUUUCGCUGCAUUACAAAUUUCUUGAUUCAACACUGAUGAAUCAUCAUGCUAACUAUCUUUCUUUCCAACGUCUUCACCUAAUAUUGGGUAAGGAUUGAAACACUGAAAGCCAUGGCAGGAUCGAAAGCGUUCAGCGGUGUACAAGCACUCGUAUUCGAUCUCAUGGGCACAUGCACUGACUGGCAUACAUCCAUCCUAACUGCUAUGCAGAAAUAUCCAACGCCCACUCCGCUCGUCGGUUCAGAUCUCCCACUCCUAGCUUCGCAGUGGAGGGAAGGGUUCUUCAAAGCUAUCUUCGCCUCUUUCGAGGCAGGAGAACAGUCCCCUGAUAUUGACGUUGUACACGCACAGGUACUUGAUCGCUUGCUAGAUGUUAAAGGCGUUGGAAAAGAUAUAUGGACAGACGAAGUUAGACUUGAGCUGGUACAAGCCUGGCAUCAUCAGCAAGCUUGGGAAGACAGUAUCGAGGGUAUACAGAGACUGAAAGAAAAGUAUUUUGUUGUCGUAUUGGCAAAUGGAACAACUCGUUUACAGCUUGACAUUAUCCGGUCCUCGUGCUUGCCGUUCCACACCUUGUUUUCUUCUCAGCUUCUCCAGGCAACUAAGCCUAAUCCUGAGAUCUAUCUGAAAGCUCUUAAUUUAAUGGGAUUGCAAGCCUCUCAAACUGCUAUGGUGGCGGCACAUGCCUAUGAUUUACGUGCAGCCGCUAAACUAGGAAUGAAGACCGCGUAUAUCCACAGAACGACAGAAGAUCCAUCCGAAGAUAUGGAGGUCGUGAAGUCUGAAGUGGAUGUUUUCAUCGAUGGACGCAGUAAACAACAUGGAUUGCUCGAGUUGGCGCGUCUUUUAUCCACAUGAACCACUCGCCUGUUUACCACAACCGCAAGGCAUCCAGACAAUCUGCACUCUGUUGUGUAUAUUUAAUUUACUAGGCGCCAUAUACAAGUACUUGCAAUA